ACAGCUGGGUGAGCCUCCCCCACCCCUCGCUAGGGGUUGGGGUGCCCCCCCAGGCAUUGGGGGGGGUUGCCUAGCGGGGGUCUCCCUCUGCUUUGCAGAGCUGAGUGAUCUCGGGUAGGACGCGAGGGAGCCGGCGUGGGCGCAGGCAGGUGGAGGAUGAACGGCGAAGCCGAGUGCCCUGCAGACUUGGAAAUGACAGCUCCCAAAAACCAAGACCGCUGGUCGCAGGAGGACAUGCUGACUCUGCUGGAGUGCAUGAAGAAUAACCUGCCCUCCAACGACGGGAGCAAGUUCAAAACCACCGAGUCCCACCUGGAUUGGGAGAAAGUGGCUUUCAAGGACUUCUCGGGGGAGAUGUGCAAGAUGAAGUGGAUGGAGAUUUCUAACGAGGUGAGGAAGUUUCGGACCCUCACGGAGCUCAUUAUGGACGCCGAAGAGCAUGUGAAGAAUCCUUACAAGGGCAAAAAGCUCAAGAAACACCCCGACUUCCCCAAGAAGCCCCUGACUCCCUAUUUCCGCUUCUUCAUGGAGAAGCGGGCCAAAUAUGCCAAGCUUCACCCCGAAAUGAGCAACCUGGAUCUCACCAAGAUCCUGUCCAAGAAAUACAAGGAGCUUCCUGAGAAGAAAAAGAUGAAAUACAUCCAGGACUUCCAGCGAGAGAAACAGGAGUUUGAGAGGAACCUGGCGAGGUUCAGGGAAGAUCACCCGGAUCUCAUCCAGAACGCCAAGAAAUCCGACGUCCCUGAAAAACCCAAGACCCCCCAACAGCUGUGGUACAACCACGAGAAGAAGAUCUACUUGAAAGUGCGUCCAGAUGUGAGUACGGCCACCACGAAGGAGGUGAAAGAGUCGCUGGGCAAGCAGUGGUCUCAACUCUCGGAUAAAAAGAGGCUGAAAUGGAUUCAUAAGGCCCUGGAACAGCGGAAGGAGUACGAGGAGAUCAUGCGGGACUACAUCCAGAAGCACCCCGAGCUGAACAUCAGCGAGGAGGGCAUCACCCGCUCCACCCUCACCAAGGCCGAGCGCCAGCUCAAGGACAAGUUUGAUGGCCGACCCACAAAGCCCCCUCCGAAUAGCUACUCCCUGUACUGCGCAGAGCUGAUGGCCAACAUGAAAGACGUGCCCAGCACCGAGCGGAUGGUGCUGUGCAGCCAGCAGUGGAAGCUGCUCUCCCAGAAGGAAAAGGACGCGUACCACAAAAAGUGUGAUCAGAAAAAGAAAGAUUACGAAAUCGAGCUGCUCCGCUUCCUGGAGAGCCUGCCCGAGGAGGAGCAGCAGCGGGUGUUAGGCGAGGAGAAGAUGCUGGGCAGCAACCGGAAAGGGGCAACGAGUCCAGCAUCCAAAAAGUCCUCACCAGAGACGGGCAAGGCCAGCUCAGAGAAGCCCAAACGGCCCAUCUCCGCCAUGUUCAUCUUCUCGGAGGAGAAGCGGAAGCAGCUACAGGAGGAGAGGCCGGAGCUGUCAGAGAGCGAGCUCACCCGGCUCCUGGCCCGCAUGUGGAAUGACCUCUCCGAGAAGAAGAAGGCCAAGUACAAAGCGCGGGAGGCGGCGAUGAAGGCACAGUCAGAGAAAAAACACGGCUCAGAUAAAGAGGAGCGUGGAAAGCUGCCCGAAUCGCCCAAAACGGCCGAGGAGAUCUGGCAACAGAGCGUCAUCGGAGACUACCUGGCUCGUUUCAAGAACGACCGGGGGAAGGCGUUGAAGGCCAUGGAGGCCACUUGGAACAACAUGGAGAAGAAGGAGAAGCUGAUGUGGAUCAAAAAAGCGGCGGAGGAUCAGAAGCGAUACGAGAGGGAGCUGAGCGAGAUGCGGGCCCCUCCGUGCUCUACCAACUCCGCCAAGAAAAUGAAGUUCCAGGGAGAGCCAAAGAAACCUCCUAUGAACGGUUACCAGAAGUUCUCCCAGGAGCUGCUGUCCAACGGGGAGCUGAACCACCUCCCGCUGAAGGAGCGGAUGGUGGAGAUCGGCAGCCGCUGGCAGCGCAUCUCCCAGGGCCAGAAGGACCACUACAAAAAACUGGCAGAAGAGCAGCAGAAACAGUACAAGGUGCACCUCGAAAUCUGGCUCAAGAGCCUCUCGCCCCAGGAGCGGGCUGCCUACAAGGAACACACUUCCAACAAACGCAAGAGCAUAGGGAAGAUCCGGGGCCCCAACCCCAAGAUGAAGCCGACGAUGCAGUCCAAGUCGAGCCUGCCCGAGGAGGAGCAGCAGCGGGUGUUAGGCGAGGAGAAGAUGCUGGGCAGCAACCGGAAAGGGGCAACGAGUCCAGCAUCCAAAAAGUCCUCACCAGAGACGGGCAAGGCCAGCUCAGAGAAGCCCAAACGGCCCAUCUCCGCCAUGUUCAUCUUCUCGGAGGAGAAGCGGAAGCAGCUACAGGAGGAGAGGCCGGAGCUGUCAGAGAGCGAGCUCACCCGGCUCCUGGCCCGCAUGUGGAAUGACCUCUCCGAGAAGAAGAAGGCCAAGUACAAAGCGCGGGAGGCGGCGAUGAAGGCACAGUCAGAGAAAAAACACGGCUCAGAUAAAGAGGAGCGUGGAAAGCUGCCCGAAUCGCCCAAAACGGCCGAGGAGAUCUGGCAACAGAGCGUCAUCGGAGACUACCUGGCUCGUUUCAAGAACGACCGGGGGAAGGCGUUGAAGGCCAUGGAGGCCACUUGGAACAACAUGGAGAAGAAGGAGAAGCUGAUGUGGAUCAAAAAAGCGGCGGAGGAUCAGAAGCGAUACGAGAGGGAGCUGAGCGAGAUGCGGGCCCCUCCGUGCUCUACCAACUCCGCCAAGAAAAUGAAGUUCCAGGGAGAGCCAAAGAAACCUCCUAUGAACGGUUACCAGAAGUUCUCCCAGGAGCUGCUGUCCAACGGGGAGCUGAACCACCUCCCGCUGAAGGAGCGGAUGGUGGAGAUCGGCAGCCGCUGGCAGCGCAUCUCCCAGGGCCAGAAGGACCACUACAAAAAACUGGCAGAAGAGCAGCAGAAACAGUACAAGGUGCACCUCGAAAUCUGGCUCAAGAGCCUCUCGCCCCAGGAGCGGGCUGCCUACAAGGAACACACUUCCAACAAACGCAAGAGCAUAGGGAAGAUCCGGGGCCCCAACCCCAAGAUGAAGCCGACGAUGCAGUCCAAGUCGGAGUCAGAGGACGAGGAUGAAGAGGAGGACGAGGAGGAAGAUGAGGACGACGAUGAGGAUGACGACGACGACAACGGCGACUCGUCGGAGGAAGGGGGCGACUCCUCGGAGUCCAGCAGCGAGGAGGAGAGCGAGGACGGGGACGAGGUGAGGGCUGCGGUGGGUGGGUGCCGUGGGGAGGGCGGUGGGGCCGUCCCGGGGCCCCCUACCCCUCACUUUAUCCCCCCCCUCACCCUCCUCCGGGUCUGGUGGGGGUGUCCCCACCCGGGCUCAGAUAGAACCGUGGCGGAGGAGCUCCCGGGAAGCGAUGAGGGGGGGACACGGGGGAGCGAGACCCCCCCCCGUGUCCUGUGCUAUGAGCGUUCGGCGUGA